CUCUACAUCUCAGUGUCAUCCGUGUGCGUUGUCAGUGAUGUCGUGGCUGUCUCACCAGUAGUUGUUGUUGUCUUACGUAUCACGCGGAAAACAUCAAGUGUUAUUCAACACGCGACGAAAACGCGUCAACACAAACAUUGUCGUUUUCAAUAUCGUUCGCUUUGUGUCCGCGUUUGUGUUGCCGUUUUUUUUUUUUACUUGCACUCUCAAUCACCCGAUCGUUCGCUGCUGCAACCGACGUGCCAUCGGUGAAAUUGUUUUGCUCGAACGGCCGUGCGAUUCAUUUGUCGCUUCUUCCACGGUCGACGUGGCGUAAUAUAUGGUGUUAUAUGAAAGUCUGAUGGCGCCCGUUCUAGGGACCCCAAAGCCCGACCGGGAGCCGUUCAUGACAUCCACGACGGACAUGGACGUGGACAUUAAAGGAAGUGUAAAUGAUGAUCAAGUUCAUAUAGUGUUGAACGCACUUUUGGAACGAUACAACCUUGGCCAUUUGCCCAGAGACGAACAAGAAUUGCGUUCGUUGUUUGUGGACGCGUACCACCGGUUAAAAGACAAUUGCGGACCACAACUUCAGCAACGGGAGGCAACGGCACCCACUACCACAGACGUUGUCCUUCUACAGAUCAUGCGGCAAGUAUUCGACCUGCACCCAGACUGGCUGGACCGAAGAAACAACAAUCAACCGCCAGCAGCUUCUGCCGCUCCAGCCGUAGACGACGAGACGUCUUCUGUCGCUUCAUCCACGUCGUCGUCCAAUCCACCGUCUACGGCGUCUUCCCGUCAACGGCAGACCCGACCGUUCAAGUGCACAGUAUGCGGAAAAGAGUUUGGCUACAAACACGUGCUACAGAAUCACGAACGGACCCAUACCGGUGAAAAGCCGUUUGUGUGUUCCGUGUGCCAGAAGUGUUUUACCCGCGACCAUCAUCUCAAAACUCAUGUCCGCCUGCACACCGGCGAAAAACCGUUUUGGUGUCCGCACUGUAACCGGUUUUUCGUUCAAGUGGCUAAUUUGCGGCGUCAUCUCAAGACGCACACCGGUGAAAGUUCACAUCCUUGCGAAUACUGUGUCGCUUACUUCGAAUCAGCCGCCGAGUUAAAGGAACACAAACGGCAGCAUAAGGAAAACAACAAGCCUCGCGGCGUGACCGACGUCAAACCAGCGCAGAAACGAAGAAGAGGCGCCAACAAGGAAGCCACGACAAUUUUGCCUGAACAGACUGAACCAUCCACGUCGACCCCUUGGUCGCCGGCCGCUCAUGGCUCGCCUCCUCCAUCGCCACAGAAUACCGUUCCGUGCAACUACUGGUCAUCACCGCCGCCCCAGCCACAAGCCGCGUAUAUGCUGCAACCUCCGGCCGGGUCUCCGCCGACGCCCUCUCCGAUCGAACAGUAUCACUAUCUGCAGUUCAUCGCCCGAUUCCAGUCACCGGAACGUGCCGAAUCCAAGUUCAGCCAGUUCCUGUUACCGGAACAGACCGAUGUCAAAUUGAGCCAGUUCCAAUUGCCGGAACAGACCGAACCAGAAGACUUGUCUAUCAAAUCAAGGUCGGUCGCCGUUGUGGAUAUCAAGCGGGAAUCCAUGAUGGUCGAUAUGGCCAGAGCGGAUCAACCUAUGGACUUGGCUAUCGAUCUAACUUGUAAAUAGCUAGCUCUCAAGACAACCUAUUAAUUUAUUAAAAAAGGAUCUCCACGCCAUUUAUUUAUCUCAGCUCGACUUGGUGUGUGUAUGUGUGUGUUUUAAAUUAACAAAAAAAGAAAAAACUAUUUGUCAGCUCAACAUUAAUUUUUCGUCGGUUAAAUUUAGUUUUUCUUUUUUUAUUAUUAUUUUACUUUGUCAGACGUUAAUCAAAACAAUUCGUGCAAUACAUUUAAAAAUGAAUAUAUAAAAUAAAACCUGUACAGCUAUUAUAUUCUAUAUAGGCUUACAUAUA